UUAUGGACGUGGAGGUGGACGUGGACGUGGACGUGGACGUGGACAUGGACGUGGACGUGGACAUGGACGUGGACGUGGACGUGGACGUGGACGUGGACGUAGAAAUGGACGUGGACGUGGACGUGGACAUGGACGUGGACGUAGACGUGGACGUGGACAUGGACGUGGACUGGACACGUGGACGUGGACUGGACAUGGACGUGGACGUGGACGUGGACGUGGACAUGGACGUGGACGUGGACGUGGACAUGGACGUGGACGUGGACGUGGACAUGGACGUGGACAUGGACGUGGACAUGGACGUGGACGUGGACAUGGACGUGGACGUGGACAUGGACGUGGACGUGGACGUGGACGUGGACGUGGACAUGGACGUGGACGUGGACGUGGACUUGGACGUGGACGUGGACAUGGACGUGGACGUGGACAUGGACGUGGACGUGGACGUGGACAUGGACGUGGACGUGGACGUGGACGUGGACAUGGACGUGGACGUGGACGUGGACAUGGACGUGGACGUGGACAUGGACGUGGACAUGGACGUGGACGUGGACGUGGACGUGGACGUGGACGUGGACGUAGACGUGGACGUGGACGUGGACGUGGACGUGGACGUGGACGUGGACGUGGACGUGGACGUGGACGUGGACGUGGACAUGGACGUGGACGUGGACGUGGACGUGGACGUGGACGUGGACGUGGACGUGGACGUGGACGUGGACAUGGACGUGGACGUGGACGUGGACGUGAACAUGGACGUGGACAUGGACGUGGACUGGACGUGGACGUGGACGUGGACGUAG